AUGAAUGCCGAGAGUUGCGUUUCGUUCUGCGACCCAGCUGCUGCCAUGGAUUCCUUCUACAACGCCGCCUCGCAGGGCAGCGCCGACGGCUCCUCGCCUUUUAGGGCAUUCCCCGGCGGCGGAGGCAGCGACAAGUUCAGCCCCGCUUUCCUGGCCAGCAAAGGGCAAAGCUUCGGAGACAGCGGCAGCGGCAGCAGCAGCCCCAAGUGCCGGAGCCGCUACAGCCAGCCGGAAUGUCCCAGCCUCGACGGCAGCGGCGGGCAGCAGCAGCAGCAGCAGCAAGCGCCGUCGGCCGCCUCUUUUAACAAGUAUCACCCGCAGCAGCAGCAGCAGCAGCAACAACAGCCUCCGCCGCCGCCACCUCUCUACGCGCAGAGAGGCUCGUGCAAAAGCCCGUCGAGCGGCAGCCUCAAGCUGCAGGACGCCAGCGGCCACAACGGAGCGCUGCAGCUCUCCUGCUACG